GGAAACACACAAAAAAAAAAAAAAAAGAAAAUAAAAACGAAGGUCAAAACCGUCAUAAAAAUUAAACUUUGUUUCCUUAUGGUUCAGAGUAUCAUAACUGCUCUUCUUCUCUUCUCUCCAUAAAACCUCAAACAACACCCUUCACUUUUGUCUUUCCUCACUUUCAUGGAUUUAGAUUCCUCUCUAUCCAUUCUUCUUUAGUCAAAUUUUCUUCUCAACCAAACAAACAAUCACCCUUAUUUUCUUUUUGGUUGGCUUUUGAUUUUGUUUCAGUUGAAAGAACGGAGAAUAUUUUCUCUGUUCUAUCGAUCAAUGGUGUUUCAUUCAAUCUCAGAAAGGAGAAAAAACUCAAACAAGAGCGAAACUGAAACUGUUAUGGCUUCUUCUUCGACCUUGAAAUCCCAGCCUCUUCAUAACUUUCAAUUACAUGACCUUAAAUGGGCCAUGAACCACACCAACAACCACCGCCUUCGAAAACUCUCCGAUUCCUCUCAGAAAUCUCCUGAACGCGGCGAUACUGAUUCUGACUCCGAUAAUAAUCGGAAGGGGAAUCUAGUGUGCGAAGCUCUUUCAAAGAACGGAGCUUUUUCAGGUUCUUCCCCUGAUAAGAAAGUCAUCAAUGGUUCUGAUGUUUUGGUUGACAAUAACUCUGAGAAGAAAGCUACUCCUUCGGACGGUAGAUCGAAGAUCUAUAUACGUUUACGAACGAAGAAUCAGAAGUCUGUUGAUGAGGUUGCUGAUGUAGGAGAUCAGAACUUAAGUGUUGAAGACGUUGAAGAAUUUGUUCCCAAGACGUGGAAUCUGAGGCCUAGGAAGCCGAUUUCUAAACCUCCGAAUCAGAAUGGAAGCGCGCCGAAGAUCGGAGCUUCGACGCACGAGAACAAAACUCAUAGGCUGGAAUCGACCCGGUCAAGAAAUGCAACCGAACCCAAAGCGGCUGAGAAGAAGGAGAAGAAACAGAAGUUCUCAAUUUCCCUUUCUAGAGAAGAAAUUGAUGAUGAUAUCUUUGCCAUGACCGGGUCAAAGGCCUCUAGGAGGCCAAAGAAGCGAGCCAAGAAUGUUCAGAAACAACUGGAUUACGUGUUUCCUGGAUUGUGGUUAGCUUCGAUAACGCCUGAUUGCUACAGAGUUCCUGAGGCUCCUAUAAAGGGUUAGAUGGAACUGUUGCUAAAACGGUGAAUUUGGAGGGUGGGGAUAAGGGUGACUGCUAAACUUUUUUUUUGCAGGUGUAGAAUGAGCUUGUAGAGACAAAAGGGUAACAAAUGUAUCUUGUUUUUGUGCCUUUUUGUCUAAUCCAUGACGAGUUUAGAGGGAUGGCGAGAGACAGUUAUAUUAUGAAUCUUGUUAUGAGUAGUUACAGAUUGUAAAUAUGACUUAUCAGUUUCAUAAAUAGGGUUUUUACCGUUUCAGUUUAUGUAAAAGGAAAUCUUUUUUUUUUUAUCAGGAGAUCUUUUAGAUCUUUAGGUUAUGAGUACUUGUUUGUUGUUCAUGGAACUGGUUUAAAUGUUAGAGCAUAAUAACUGUUUAUUGAUCCGGAAAGUUUGGGGUGUAUACUUGUUUUGAUGUGCAUGUGUUUCUUUCUUAUUUAGUUCUUUGUAAUGCACGGUUUGGAUAAAGUGUAGUUAGUUACUGGCAGUUGAUUGAUUGGAGAAAUGUCUCAAUAAUUAUCGGAUAUUAGUUAUGAGCACGUGUUCAUUAUUGAUGGAUUGAGUAGAUACGAGCACGUGUUAGUAAUUAAGGGAUUGAGUAAUUCUGAGCACGUGUUAAUGAUUAAUGGAUCGAGUAGUUCUGAGCACGUGUUAGUAAUUAAAUGGAUUAAGUAGGUAUGAGAAUGUGUUAGUAGUUAACGGAUUGGGUGGUUCUGAGCUGGUGUUAGUAAUUAACGUAUAAGUAGUUCUGCGCACGUGGGCAUGCUUGAGCUACUGUCUGUUAUGUUGAGAAUACAGAGUGCUGGAGGCAUACAAUUUAUGGAAUCCAUAUAUGGUUGGAAUGUGCUUUAAUGAUUGAUUUGCAACAGUGGAAUCUCUGAGUUCUUUCUUGCUUUUUAAAUGUACACUU